CGAGUGCGGGCGGCAGCGGCCGAGAGCCCAGCGCUGCCCCAGCCCGAGCUGCCCCAGCUCCAUCCCUGCCCCUCCGCUGGGAUGCUGUGGGCUUGGGGGGAAGAGGGAGCCGGCAGUGGGUGCUGGGCCUGGGGGCAGGAGGAGAAGGGAAGGAGAAGCAGGGUUGAGGAACAGAAUGGUCAAACGCUGCAGGUGGGAGGAGAAGGUGGGAUUGUGCAGGAGAAGGAAGAAUAGCAGGAGGAAGAGGUGUGUGUGGAACAGCGGGGACACAGGAGGAUCACCAGGGGUAGAAACAGGAAGAAUCACAAGGUUCCACCCCUCCCUUUACCUGCAACCUCACCCCGCAGCCCCAAGUCUGUUUCCCCCCCUUACAUGCAGCAGGUGACUGGGGAGGGGGAGCCAUGAUUUUCACACUGGUGAAUCUUGGUGUUUCUGAGCUUUUUUGGCCUAAAUAUUGGUGCUUUGGUUUUUUGUGGGGUGUGAAUGUAUUUUGGAGAGGGUUUUGGCUAAGUCUUGAUGCUUGGGCAGUUUUUGGUCUUUCUUUGGAGGAUUUUUGUGCUGAAUCUUGGUUUUGAAGGUUCUUACAGAUACAAGAUGCCCCAUGACUUCCUGAGAUGAGCUUGGGACAGAGGUUUUCCCAGUCCAAGGUGCUCUUAUCUUGUUUUUUCCCCCAAACAGGAUUUUUCAUUCCCAGGGCGUACCUAGAUGGAGGAGGAGGAGGAAAAGCCCCAGAGAUGCUGCUCGAGGAAGGGCUGCAAACCCAGCCCAGGGACCUGUGGGGAGGAAAGAGCCCCCCUGAGCCAGGAAGGUGGCAAGAAAUCCAGCCAAAGCUCAGAGCUGGUGGAGAAGCCUCAUGGCAGGGAGAAGCUGCACAAGUGCUUGGAAUGUGGGAAGAGUUUCAGCCGAAACUCCAACCUGAUCCAGCACCAGGUGAUCCACACUGGGGAACGGCCCUAUGAGUGUGGCGAAUGUGGGAAGAGCUUCAGCCACAACUCCGUCCUGAUCCAGCACCGGAGGAUCCACACUGGGGAAUGGCCCUUUGUGUGUGGGGAAUGUGGGCAGGGUUUCAGCCACAACUCCCACCUGAUCCGCCACCAGAGGAUCCACAGUGGGGAAAAGCCCUACGAGUGUGGGGAAUGUGGGAAGAGCUUCAGCCGGAGCUCCCACCUGAGCCGGCACCAGGUGAUCCACACGGGGGAACGGCCCCACAACUGCUUGGAAUGUGGGAAGAGCUUUGCAUGGAGGUCUGAGCUGAGAAAACACCAGCGCAUCCACACUGGGGAGAGGCCCUACGAGUGUCGCCACUGUGGGAAGAGGUUUCACAUCGGCUUCUCUCUCCUCAUACAUGAGCGGAUUCACACAGAGGAGAGGCCCUACCGCUGCCCUGACUGUGGGAAGGGCUUCAGGCAAAACUCUGACCUCAUCAAGCACCGGCGCAUCCACACCGGGGAGAGGCCCUACGAGUGUGGGGAGUGUGGGAAGAGCUUCUCACACAGCUCAACCUUGACCAGACACCAGCGGAUGCGCCACUAAGGGAAACCCAGUGAGUGCCCCGAGUGCGGGGAGAGCUUUGUGCGCUGCUCCAGCUCCAUCCCCCAUGGGAGGAUUGGUGUUGGAUGAUGCCCAGUGACCCCCAUUGGGCAGAGCCCUGGUGACCCCUGAUUGGGAAUCAAACAGAGAGUAAAACAAUGGAGCUGAUAGAGGGGCCCGAUAGCUGAGGCCUGAUUGAGCAGAAACCAUGGGAGACACAGACACAGAUAAAGGCACCCUGGGCAAGAAGUGAGCAAGCAACAUGUGGUGAGACUUUGUGGUAAGAUAAUGUUACCAGGUGACCAUGAUGCCAUGAAGAAUGUGUAACCAAUGGGAAAUUGUUCUCAAAACCAGAGCCCUAUAGAA